AUAAACAGCAUGUCAGAACAAGGGAGAGACUUGAGACGAGUAUAAAGGCUUCGUGGGAUUGGGAGGGAAAGUUUUGCUCAGUUUGGUCCACAGCUCAACCUAACUGGAGCUCCUCAGAUUACAGAAGGCACUCCACUUCCAGAGGAGAAAGAAGAAGAGACCUUUGAAAAAAUGCCUUACGUUAGACAGAAGUUCAUUGACAUUCUGGAAAAAGCAAUGGAAGAUGGUGAAAAGAUGACUCGAGAGGAGAUGCUAUUUACUUAUGACGGAGUUGUGUACCCUACAGCUCUUUGCAGCCCAGAGCAGUUCAAAGCUCUUGAAUCUUUUGACGCAAGAAGCGAUGAUGUGAUUCUAGCAGGAUACUGCAAAUCUGGUACCAACUGGGUUGGCCAAAUAGUUACAGAUUUAGUAGUCACAUCUGCAAAGAAACACGAACCGGAGAAACUGAACGAAAAAUUGCUACUUGCGGAAUUUCCGUAUCUUGAAAUUGGAGAUCUUGAAAAAUAUCAGAGGAUGAACAGCUAUCCCUCCAGGAGAGUGAUUUUUACUCAUCUCCGCCCUGAUAAGCUUCCAAAAUCCGUCUUCAAGAAUAAAGCCAAAAUAUUGCUGCUGAUUCGGAAUCCAAAGGAUGUCGCUGCAUCUUUUUUCCAUUUUUCGAACACUUUUGCUCCAUAUCCCCCUUAUGAUAAAUUUGAAGCAUACUUCCGAGCUUUAAUGGAAGGACAAAUGCCCUGGGGUUCCUAUAUUGAAUAUCUUUCCGUGUGGAACAAAUUCAUUGAUAAAGAAAAUGUCAUGCCAAUAACAUAUGAAGACCUGAAAGAGAACACAGUUGCAGGAGCCAAAAAAAUAGCUGAAUUCUUUGAACUGAACCUAAGUGACGAAGACUGUCUUGGUGUUGCAGAAAGGAGCACUUUCAAAGCAAUGAAAGGCAAUUCCAAAUCCACCCAUGGAGGAUUUGGUGAUGUUCUUUUCCGUAAAGAUGGCCCGAAACUGGAAUGACCUAUGGAACUGGCUGAUUCAUCUGGGAGACCCUGAGUCCAGGGGAAGGGGGGGGGGCUGAAUUAGAUUUAAGUGUUUAAAUGUUAUUAUGAUAAUAGAAAUAAUAUUUGAAUGUAUGGAAAAUUUUGGGGUAUAAAUUUGAGGCUAAGGGGAGAAAUAGAGGAUAGAUGGCUGGGAAAAUAAAUUUAGAUUUGGAUUAAGAUGAAUUAUGGGUGGAAGAUAGUCGAUGCUUUUAAGAAUAGAAAUAGUUGUGAGAUAAUGAAAAAAAAUUGUUAGAAUGAUUUACGAUAAUAAAUGAAAAUUGCUUAAUUUGGAGUUAAAAAUGGACCCAGUGUGAGGGGAAUCGAGGAAGUCUACAAUGUUAAUUAAAAUGUUAGAAUUGCUAUGUUUUUCUUUUUUAUGUUUUCAUUCUUUUUUUGUCUUUGUUUUUGUGAAUUUGCAAUCUUUGAAAAUCAAUAAAAAAAAUUUGGGGGGGAGGGGGAGACAGGUGAAUUGCCUCUCUCACACACACACCUGUCAAAAUCCCAGCAUCAGAAGUUGCAAGGGGGAUUGCCUGUAAAGCCUGCCUUGCCCUGAUCCUGUCAACCUUUUGCACGGGUCCUCUCACUGCUCCUUUACCCCGUUAUAAAAAGGAGGAGGAGGAGGAGGAGAAGGAGGGAGGUAAACAGCUUAGACCUUCUCCUUUGUACCUCAUGCCACCACAGCCAAGCAAGAUGAAAAGUGAAAAGUGGGUGCAGCAAAAGUACCAGCAUAGGAAGGAGGCCAGAAAUGGCAGGCAGCCAGUCUGGAGAUUGGUGGCAGCAGUCGUAGAUUCCCAGGCCAGCUGACUCCUCCUCCUGGCCAUCUCCCUACUUUCCAUGCUGCUGCCAGAGUGACUCCACAUCGUAAUAAUCCCAAUAGGGCCAGAAGCAGCUGAUCUCCAAACUGGCCCGGGAGGAGGAAGGUGGCCACUAGUGGUGCCUGCCAGCCUGGAGAUGUGGAUCUCAGACACAGGGACCUCAGGGCUGGCAGAGCUGGGAUGCUGCUGCAGCCUGUUCUCACCCACUGCAGCUCACCUGGGCUGCCAUCUCUCAUUAUGCUGUGGUUCACAGCACCCCCUGCCUGUGGCUAAGCAAACUGCAGCAUGAUGAUACUCUUGCAUUUUUAUUAGAAAGCACAAAGAAUCACAACGCUAACCAACACAAAAUUAGGGGGGGGGAAUGAAAUUAUAUCCAUUGUAUUUUUAUGGCCAGCUAAUCUAAUUGCCAUCUGCUAUUUUCCACCAACAAUGGAAAAAAAUAUACAUAUUUGAAACAAUUUGUAUGGGUUGGCUUUACUUAUACUAGUCUCACCCACCAUAGCAUAGAUACUUAGCCUCCCAACAUAAUAAUCUCUUUCUAAUAUGCAUGUGUCUGUCCUCUAAGUAGCUUGUGAUUUGCUCCUUUAAAUUGCCUUAGCAUUCCAAGGGUAAGGUUCAAAAGUACAUGUUACAGCAAUGUUGAAGAGGCAAAAUAGUUCAGAGUUAGGGUUAGGGUUAGGGUCAGUGAGUCCAUUGGAGGCAGUUUGUACUGUUUGUACCUUGUGUUGUGUUCUGCAGGGGCGGGGGUGGUAUUGAGAUAUGAAUUGAAAAAAUAAAUAGCUUAAAUCAUAUGGUUUUGUCAGGAAUAAGCCAGCUCCAAGCGAAGGUUUGCAGCCAACUGCAGAAACUAGCCAGGAACAGAGAGGCUAAGAUGUUAGUCAGGCAGGGAAGAGCCAGCAGCUGCAGACUUCAGCUCUUCCUGACCUUGACAGAGAGGCUGAUAAGGCAGUAGCUGAGAGCAGGCUAGAACACAGACAAAGCUCGCAGGAAGCACAAAUAGGCGCGAAUAGAUUCAGAGACAGCCUCUCUCUGCAGCUGAUCCACUAAGUCCAAAGAUCUAGUUACAGGUAGGUAGCUGUGUUGGUCUGCAGUAGUUGAAACAAAAUUUUAAAAAUCCUUUGUAUCUGAAGAAGUGUGCAUGCACAAGAAAGCUCAUACCGAUAACAAACAUAGUUGGUCUCUAAGGUGCUACUGGAAGGAAUUUUUUUAUUAAAUCCAAAGAGUUGGCGAAUGGGAGGGCUGCUAGAUAGGAAGCAAAACAAGAGAUGUAAGGGUUGUAAGUUCAAUAUCUUCUGUUGAUGCCGGAAGCUUUGUCAGCUAUCUGUUUGUUUUUGCAAUACAUUCUCCUUUCUAAUUACCUAUGCUUACUGUGUUAUCAAGCUGGGAACCUGGACUCCUGACAGGAGUCAUGUAGUGAUUCUCAAUGCUUUAAAUCUCUGUCUUGUUCUUCUUGUACCAUGACAUCUGCUUUUCUGGAUGCAUUUGAAACUGACAAGUAAAACAAGGGACCACCGUCUGGAUUUAAUCCAUACCCCUGUGCAUAUAAGGGAACUUGUUACAUCCAAAAUAGUCUGUAUGUAGUGAUAUUGUCACAGGCACAGAGAGAGACUUUAAGAAGCAAAAACAAGCCUGUGGUGCGACUCUACAGACUAUCUAUCAUCCAUGGGUAUAAGUUGAAAACCGGUUGAUCAAGGGGAGUGAAAAAGACUGUGAACAGGAAAAUCUGUGACCGGUAAAAAAACCCCAGCAUCCUAAAGGAAUGUAAUCCCUAUGAAGUAAAGUGACAACAUUAGGGGUUGUGAUGUCACUCUGGACAUCACAACCCCUAAUGUUGAAAGAACUACUCCAGGAUCUUUCGUUUCACUUAUUCAUUUUAUUUAAUUAAAAAUAUUUAUAUACUGUUUUAGAUCAGGGGUCAGCAAACUUUUUCGGCAGGGGGCCUGUCCACUGUCCCUCAGACCUUGUGGGGGGCUGGACUAUAUUUUGAAAAAAAUAUAUGAAUGAAUUCCGAUGCCCCACAAAUAACCCAGAGAUGCAUUUUAAAUAAAAGGACACAUUCUACCCAUGUAAAAACACCAGGCAGGCCCUACAAAUAACAAAGAGAUGCAUUUUAAAUAAAAGAAUGCAUUCUACUCAUGUAAAAACAUGCUGAUUCCUGGAUCAUUCACGGGCCGGAUUUAGAAGGCAAUUGGGCCGCAUCCGGCCCCCGGGCCUUAGUUUGGGGAUCCCUGUUUUAGGUUUUAAAAAAAUCAAAAGCAGUCCACAACAGAACAUUGCAAAAGAAUUGCAAAAGACAGCAGAUCUAUCUGAAAACAGUAAAACAUAUGCAAGCCAAUCCAUUAGUUCUGUGUGCAGGCAACAUUACUGAUCAGGGAAUGCCUUUUUUUUAAUUCCAAGCCUACAGUGCCUCUUAAACAAUCACAUUGUGCUUUUCAGAUCAUGUUUCAUAGGCCCUGGGGCUCCAAAUGUCAAAGGGUAGGGUUUGAGUUCCGGGAACACCAAGUUAAAGCAUUUAAAGCAAAGCUUUUAUGUAAGGGUGUGGUCCCAGAAGUUCACACCCUCCUAGUGUGUAAAAGUUUAAACAAAGCUAGUCAGACAAAUAGAUAGUUCUCUGGCCCCACCCUCACCGGCUUCUAGCAUAAUUAAGGCAUGCUUUUAUGUAAGGGUCUGGUCACAGCUGUUCGUAUACUCCUAGUAUGCCAUAGUUUAAGAAAAACCCAGUGAAGGCAAUCAGAUAGCUCUGAAACAAGCUUGCUUAUGAGUUGAAGGUCAUCAAUUGCCUUAUUCUGUGCUACUCUUUGCACUGACUCAUUGUUUACCCUCUUGUAAAAUGCUCUCGGUACAUAUUGCCUCAGUUACCUGUGCUCACAGCAACACUUUGACCUGUUUCUACUACCCUCUAAGGGGAGAAAAUGGUCAUGUAUUACUGUUUCCCAGCAAUUGCUAUUCUGAGUUAUGCUGCCUCUCUUACUGGAUAUAAUAUACAGUGGCACCUUGGUUCUCGAACUAAAUCCAUUCCGGGAGUCCACUUGAUGCCCGAAACCAUUUGAAAACCAAGGUGCAGCUUCCGAUUGGCUGCAGGAGCUUCCUGACAUUUGGCUUCCAAAAAACAUUCGCAAACCAAAACACUUACUUCUGGAUUUGCGGCGUCCGGGAGCUGAUUUGUUUGACAACUAAGCCGUUCAGGAACUAAGGUACCACUGUAUUCAUGACUAGUAGCCAUACAUGAAAGAAAGUGAUCUUUCAAGAAACAUGAUCACAGGCCACAAAGCAGGGCUCAGCAACCUUUUUCAGCCAUGGGCCGGUCACUGUCCCUCAGACCAUGUGGUGGGCUGGACUAUAUUUGGGGGGGAGGAAUGAACAAAUUCCUAUGCCCCACAAAUAACCCAGAGAUGCAUUUGAAAUAAAAAAAAACAUUCUACUCAUGUAAAAACACCAGGCAGGCCCCACAAAUAACCCAGAGAUGCAUUUUAAAUAAAAGCACACAUUCGACUCAUGUAAAAACACACUGAUUCCCGGACCAUCUGUGGGCUGGAUUGAGAAGGCUAUUGGGCCGCAUCUGGCCCCCGGGCCUGAGGUUGCCUACUCCUGCCUUAAAGGGCCCUAACUCUUUAUACUGGGUCCUUAUUUAUUUAUUAAAUUUGUAUAUCACCCUUCAUCCAAAGAUCACAGGGCAGUUUGCAACAUAAAAAUACAAAUACAGGUAUAUGGACAAGGAGCCAGUCUACCUGACAAUGGAGUGGUUUGAUAUGAUCCAACUGCAUUGUUGCAGUAAGUUAUCUUGUGGCCCUAUUUUGGAUCAACGGCAAAAUCUGGGCUAUUUUUCUUU